ACGUCGCCUCUUCGCAACCGAACGAACGAACCGCGAGCGAGCGACCGACCGAGCGCAUUGUUUUGCGUGCGUGCUGUUUUGUGCAAGUAAAAACGUGUUUCAUUUCGUGAGGGACGGUAAUUUUCGGUUAUUUUGUUCGGAAUUUAUCAAAAUUUGGGUUAAAGUGCGUGAAAUUCACAGUUCGCAAUGAGCAAGGAAGAGGAAAAACCAACCAGGGUGACUCGCGGAGCACUUCGACGGAUGUCGGUGGAGCAGGAACCGACUUCGGCACCUGGUACGCCUAAAAAAAGCACGGCUACGGCCGUUACAUCCAAGAAGCUCGCCGUGCUCGAUGCCAUUCAGGAAGGAAGCAAUGGACCAUCCGACGCCGAAGUUGACGAAAAUACCGCUGGCCGGGAGUCCAAGGGAAAGAACGACACAUCACUGGCCGGCAAUCGAUCAGUUCACAUGCCAAAGGAGCACGAAAAGAAGGCAACGACUGGUCGUCCGGCGGUGUCCAUGCUGACUGUGGAGAAUGUCAGUAAGUUGGACAGUUUUCUGGAUAUUCGUCGAACUCCGCGGCGGAGGCCAUCGCAGGAUCAGACCCUCACGCCACAGACCCUUCCCAAGCGGGUAACCCGGCGGAACAGUGUCACCUCGGACGAUGGUAAUCUGGGUGCGGCCACGCCGAAAACAUCCAGAACCCGUCAUAGCAUUGCCGCCCAGGCCGUUAUCGCCGAAGACGACGAAAAGGAAGAACAGACAGGAAAUGUCUCGAGUACGGCCGAGGCCGAUCUGUCUGACUUGGACAUUCGUAAGCUUCGGAAUAGAUCGAUUUCCAAGUCGCCCGUCCCCGGCAAGAACACUUCGGCGGUUUCGAUCAAAGAAGGUGACGUCGCCGCGACCAGCCCCGUCAAAGCAGGCGGCGAACCUUCCAGUUCUCAAAAGCCAGAAAAAGCUCCUGUCAGUCAGGAAGAUAAAAUGGAAGAAAGCGAAUCGUUCGUGGACGUGGUAACGGUUACUCCGGCCAAGAGCGACAGCGCCAUCAGUGUGAGUUCUUCCCAGGUCAGCGAACAGCAGCAGCAGCAGUCGCAGAAGACCCCAGCAAUGGUGGCGGCGGCGGCGGCAGCGGUGAAGGAUGUGAAAUUCGACGAAGGUACGCCGGAUCAGCUGAACAAGAGCAAAUAUCCGAAGACUCCGGUUGCGGUGGCAGCCGGCGGAAAGCGGCGCAAACUGAGCGAACUGGCGGCGGAGGCGGCGGCCGACGAGGACGAAUCGCUGACGACGGACUCAGAAAUCAUCAUCGUCGAUGAAACCAUCAAAGAUUCACCUCAAGUAGUCGAACAGAAGCCCGAAACGCCUAAAACGCCCACGAAAGCGAGUGCAUCGCCUAAAAAGGAAGCCACAAAACUAAUCAUCAUUGAUGAAACCAUCAAGGAUUCUCCGCGCAAGUCCAGCCAGGAAGCUGCCUCGCCAAAAACUCCCUCGAAAGCGAACGGAACGCCCAAAAAAACCACGCCGAAAAAGUCACAGGACGAAGCAUCUGAGGAAUCUCCAGACAAAUCCAUCGAUGCCUCUAUUGCCAACAUCGUCGAGCAGGUCCGCGAGGAAAUGAACCAGUCGGCGGAUCUGUCGAUGUCGAUUCUGGGGACUCCAAAGCCCACGACGGGUGGCAAGCACAAGUCGCACUUUUCCCAUCUGCGCGAGGGUUCCUCGUCGACGCCCAUUGCUGCCAAGCACGCCGCGCUGGGUGAGAUUCCUGAGGAAGAUCCGAAGGAGGACGCUUCGAUGGGUUCGAAAUCGUGGAGUCAAGCUGUGAAGGGAUCUGGCCAGGACAAGGGAAUUGAUGUCUUCAGUGUGAGGAAGAAGGAAGAGGAGGAGAAGCAGGAGGAAGAGACGAAAACGUUGAACGAGUCACUGAAGAGAAAAUCGUUGGAGAAGAUGCAACCUUUGAAAGUUGACGAAGAUGAAGAGGAAGGCGAGGAAGAGGAAGACGAAGAUGAAAUCGAUGCUUCGCAGAAGCGGAGCAGCUUUGUGGACGACGAAGCCAUGGAAGUGAACGGCUAUCAGUCAGGUGACUCGAUGGACAGCGAAACUCGGGCGGAAAUAGAAGAUAAUCAGGUAGAGGACGACGGUGAGAGCAUCGGUAGUCAGGAUACGGAAGAGGACGAAGAAGAUGGCGAUGACGAUUCGUUCAUCGCUUCGGAUGGUGAGGAGGUUGAGGAUUUGCUUGCAGGCACGGGUGACGAACUGCAUUCGGAGGAGGAAGCUGACAAAUCGAGCAAAAAGAAUAAGAAGAGAAAGCGAAUCCUCCUGCAGGAGGACUCUAGUGAGGAUGAAAAGGAAACGUCCAAGGCGGAGAAAACAUUGAACGAAACAGCUGCUUCGGAAAAUAAAUCACCGAAAAAGGGCGAUGCUUCCAAUGUUUCAAAAACGGGUUCACCUAGAAAGACUCCACUGAAAACGGUUGAAGCAAAAUCGCCGAAGAAGACUCCUGCCGUGAAGGCUGUGGAUAAGGAAGAGCAGGAAGAAUCUGCUGAACACAGUGAGGAUCCACAAACAGAUAACGCGGUAGCUGAAUCGCCCAGAUCAGCAAAGAAAACUCCAUCCAAAGCCUCGCUUUCAACAGAUCUACCAGAACAACAUAAAUCUGCGAAGAAAAACACAACGGAAGUUUCAGAAUCGCCCAAGUCACCGAAGAAGACUCCGUCGAAGCCGUCGCUGGAAUCAGAGACGCAGCAAGUCAAAAGUGCCGAAAAGCGUCGUUCCUCGAAGACCUCAGAAUCCGAGAACGUUUCAGAGGUGUCCAAGUCUCGUAAAUCCCUUCCGGCUCCGGCGCUCAUUUCGGCCGAUUUCUACUCUUCGUCCGCGAAGAAGGCCAAGCGUAACACCAUCGACAUACCGGCGGCGGCUGGUGAAGAAGAAUUGGAACAAGCGACCCCGAAAGAAGAGGUAAACAGCAACUUGGUUACCAAUCCGGCGGCGUUGGCCCUGGCCAAGAAGAACCGGCGGCUCUCGCAAGGAUUGUCCCCUGCGACCAAACAGGACAAACGGGCAUCCCUGCCGGGUAAGCUUCCGGAUGAGAGCGAAGUGGGCAGUCCUCUGAAGAAAAAAUCGAACAAAAAGCAGGCAGAUUCGGUGGAGAAAGCAAACGAUUCCGUCGAGCCGAUGGAAGUGGACGAGGACGAGGAGGAGGAAGUUGCGGAGAAGCAACCGACGCCCAAAAAGCCGGCGGUUGUUGCGAAGAAGAAGCCUAGGGAUCUGAGUGAUUUCGACACAGAAGCCAUUCUGUCGCGGUGCAACGAAAUCGUCCGGGCCGACAAGGAGAAGCGCAAGGAGGGAGCAACGCUGAGGCAGAAGAAAAAGGACGAAAAACGCCGUCAGCGGGAGCAGGAGCAGCAAGAAGACGCGGCCGACGGCGAAGCCAAUGACGAAUCAACGGAACAGCAGAAGAAGAAAAAGAAAAAGAAGAAGAAGCAGGUCAACUAUCUGCUGGAGGAACUGGGCGAAACCAAAGAAGAUCAGGUGGCCCGAGCACUGCAGCGCAAAAUGGCCCUGCUGGAGGCGAAGCGUGAACGCAAGAAGGCCAAAAAGGCUGCCAAGUUGCGUGAGCAGCUGAACAAAGAAAAUCAGCAGGAAGGCCAACAGACAACGUCGGUCAAGGCAUCGAAAGGAAUUGCUGCCAAACUGGAGAAGCAGACAAAGAAAACCAAGAAGAUGGAGAAAGAAGUGAAAAAAGCCAUUUUGGAGGAUUUGAGACCGGUGGUCAGACUAGCCGUUUCCGCAUUUGCCAUGUACAGCGAACAGAUUGAAGACAUGAAGAAGGAAAAAGCGGACAAGAAGAAGCCGAAGAGCAAACAGCUCAAGGAGAAAAAUCAACAACCUACGGCUGUGGAGGAAGUCCAAGCAGCUCUUCAGGCCAAACCGGACGCAAAACCGAAGAAAGAUAAAGUACCUAAACAGAAGCAAGCGAGCGCUGAUCAGGUUCAGCUCCCGGUGGAACAUCCCAAAGCGGACAAGAAAAAGGAAGUCGUUGAAGAACCCGUAAAAGAAGAACCUGCUGCUGUGAAGCACAAAAAGAAAGAAAAGCUAACGGCAGUGAAAUCAGACGAACUUCCACCAAAAAAGAAACACCACGAACAGAUCAACACAGCUCCCCUCAAAUCAGUGGUGUCCCUUGACGAUGAACUUGCGCAACUGAAGAAGUCCCUGUCGGAACCGGUCGCCAAAGUGGUCAAAAAGCAGAAACUUUCCCACAAGGAGUCAAGCAUCGCCACCGUCACAGCCAGGGAAGUCACUCCACCACGUAAAGCCACCACAGGAAAGCUGAAAGCGCUCGCCCGGCUAGAAGCGGGCUUCCAGGAAGAGCCCAUCACUCCGGAUCACAAACUGCUCAAACGGAACCACGGUUUCAAAGAGGAACCCGUCACGCCCAAGUCCGUGGGAUUCAAGGUCUCCAGUGUGCUGCCUGCCGGCCAGGAAGCACUGAAGCAGGAAGCCGUGGAGGCCAAGCGGAAGAAAACCUACCACAACACGAAUCGCAUUCGGCCGGAGGACGUGCGGGAACCAGCGAGAGGACUUCCGCUUCCCGUCUGGACUCGAUCCGGCACGUUCGAAGUCGAGGAGCUGGAGGAAACAAAGUCCCGGAAAGUUGCCAAAGGUGGAAGCGAUUAUGUACCGCUGAACGUUAACGGUGGUAACAGUGCGACGGAAUUCCUGGUGAAGCCGCUUGGCGGUAAGAGCAAGCACAGCGGGGAAAGCAAAACGAGCACCGGCGGGGGCAUUUCCAAGGUGCACCGGAUCGACGCGGAUACCGUGGAUGAAGCGGUGAUCAACUUCAAGAAACAGGCCAUUUUCGGUAAGAAUGCACAUUUGCGGGAGAAGAAGCGCAAACAUUAAGGCCAGUAGUUUCGCCAUCUUUGUGUUAUCUUCCUGUGUCCUUUAUCUACUGAAUGUUUUGUUUUGUUUAUCACUAAGCCUUUGCAAAAUGAAUAUCUUUUAGUUCGUUUUUUAAGGAAUACAUUUACAGAUAAUGUUCAUACUUCAAACAA